AAAUAAACAAAAUCAAUAACGCUGAGGUUUGCCCUAAUAGUUCACGCUUAGGGUUUCGUAUCUCUCUUCCUCUCUCUUAUAUAAAUCGAUUGCUCAUCUUCCUCUCUCAGACGCAUUCCUCAAGAGGCAAGACGUUCAGAGAGAGGGAGAGAUAGAGGCGGAGGAGGCAAUUAAGGUUCUUCGAUCUACCAAGGAAGUUGGCAGUUCAAUCUGCUAAUUCUGUUGCUUUCAAAGUGGAGGGUGUCAAGUUUGAAGCUACUUUUAUGUCUGAACGGGCCUCACACUUUUUGUUGUCGAUUGGGCUGCUUGGAGAGUAUUGUCCUACGUCAAGAAAAAAGAGCAUUCAUUCUUUGGAAAGAUUUGGCUGCAUGCAUCUUGUUGGAUUUCAGGACAGACACUGUCAGAGUGGCUAUUUUAUGUGUCUUGCAACUCCGAGAAAUCUUGUUUGUUCUAAAGAAGGCUUUCUGGCUUCAAAAGAUAAUUCCGCUGCUGUAUUUUCCUCAUUCUGAUAAAUCCCACAGCACACAUCCUACGUUGCAGAAAUGGCUUUGCAAAACAUUGGUGCUAGUAACAGGGAUGAUGCCUUCUAUAGGUAUAAGAUGCCCAAAAUGAUAACCAAGAUUGAAGGUCGAGGAAAUGGCAUCAAGACUAAUGUGGUGAACAAUGUUGAAAUUGCGAAGGCUUUGGCUAGACCUGCAUCUUACACCUUAAAGUAUUUUGGUUGUGAGCUCGGAGCCCAAUCCAAAUUUGAUGAGAAAACUGGAACUUCCCUGGUGAAUGGAGCACAUGACACUGCCAAGCUUGCUGGACUGCUUGAAAAUUUUAUCAAGAAAUAUGUCCAGUGCUAUGGAUGUGGGAAUCCAGAAACUGAGAUAGUUAUCACGAAGACACAAAUGAUCACACUUAAAUGUGCUGCCUGUGGCUAUGUGUCAGAUGUUGAUAUGAGGGACAAGCUCACAACAUUUAUAAUCAAGAACCCCCCUGAGCAGAAGAAGGGAUCAAAAGACAAGAAAGCAAUGAGGAGAGCUGAGAAAGAGAGACUCAAGGAAGGGGAGGCAGCUGACGAGGAGCUGAAGAAGCUUAAAAAGGAAGGUGUAAAGAAAAAGGGCUCUUCUGGUAGUUCCAAAAGCGCAUCAUCCAAGAAGAAGCCUAGUGUCUCCGAUGAGGAUCGCUCCCCGGCUGGCAGCCAAGCUGACGAGAAUGAGUCUGUGGGAGCUGCGGAGGAUGCUGAUGAUGUCCAGUGGCAGACUGACACUUCUAUGGAGGCAGCUCGACAACGGAUUCAGGAACAAUUGAGUUCUGUUACAGCUGGGAUGGUUAUGCUUUCUACGAAUGAAGAGAAGCCCAAACCAGUGAAAAAAUCUCCUGAACUCGAUGGGAAAGCUGAAGUGGGAAAACAUGGGAAUGGGUCAAACAUGGCUAGUUCCCAAGAUAGACUUGUUGGUGAGGUAAGAGAAUUCCUUAAGAAGAGUUCUCCUGGGCAGCUUAUGCCCUUUCUGGCAACCUUAUCUGGCACUUCUCAAGAGCGGACAGAUGCGCUGUUUGAAGCUCUGUUUGGAGGUGUGCAGAAGGGAUUGGCUAAGGAGGUGGCCAAGAAGAAAAACUACUUGGCAGCAGCCACCCAAGAGGAGGGAUCACAGGUGAAUCUGCUGCGUGCUAUUGAGUCUUUUUGUGGGAAGUCUAGCUCAGAUGGGGUGAAGGAGGUUGCCCUGGUUCUGAAAGUUCUUUACGACAGUGAUGUGUUGGAGGAAGAGUUUAUAUUGGAGUGGUAUCAGAAGGGCCCAACUGGAGGCAAUAAAAAUUCUCAUAUUUGGAAGAAUGUGAAGCCCUUCAUUGACUGGUUGCAGAGUGCAGAGUCUGAAUCUGAAGAGGAAUGAUUUGAAAUGCAUAUCCAGGUCCCUUCUCUUUUUGCUGCUGCUGCUGCUACUUUUCUACCUAUUAUGAUAGGAUUUGUGUGUCCGGGUGCUGUCCUGAAUAAUGUCAUGCUGUUUUGUGUUUGCUGUUUGGUGCUGUCUUACUGUUUUGAGUUGUCAUGUUUGGUGGUGUCUAGUAAUUAUCGAAGACGACUGUGUUUAAAGGCUGUUGAUCACUGCCCUUGCCUUGAAGCUUUGUCCUUUGUGUUAAUUUUGUUCUGCCUGUUAUGAUGACAUUUUGGAUGGAUGUAUUCUUCCUAUCUAUUUGUGUUAAUGGAGUGUUGGGUUUCAUUUCUUAUGCAAA